AUGGCACAUCGGUUUCAAGGCACACCUCUCCACACGGCAUCAUCCAAUGGUCACCUCAAUGUUGUACAGUUUCUCACUGACCAAGGAGCAGAUGUAAAAAGGGCUGAUGAUAAAGGCAGGUCACCUCUCCAAGCGGCAUCAUGGAAUGGUCACCUCGUUGUUGUACAGUUUCUCACUGGCCAAGGAGCAGAUCUAAAUAGGGCUAAUAAUAAUGGUAGCACACCUCUCCACACGGCAUCUUCCCAUGGUCACCUCGAUGUUGUACAGUUUCUCACUGACCAAGGAGCAGAUUUCAAAAGGGCUGAUGAUAAAGGCAGGUCACCUCUCCAAGCGGCAUCAUUCAAUGGUCACCUCGAUGUUGUACAGUUUCUUACUGGCCAAGAAGCAAAUAUAAAUAGGGUUGGUAUUGAUGGGCGCACACCUCUCUACACGGCAUCUUCCAAAGGUCACCUCAAUGUUGUACAGUUUCUCAUUGAAAAAGGAGCAGAUCUGAAAAAGGCUGGUUAUGAUGGCAGGACACCUCUUCUUGCGGCAUCAUUCAAUGGUCACCUCGAUGUGGUAACAUUUCUCAUUGGCCAAGGAGCAGAUCUAAAAAAGGCGGAGAAAUACGGCAUGACACCUCUCCACAUGGCAUCAUUCAACGGUCACCUGGAUGUUGUACAGUUUCUCACUGACCAAGGAGGAGAUCUAAAUACGGCGGAUAAUGAUGCCAGGACACCUCUACAUGUGGCAUCAUCCAAUGGUCAUCGCGACGUUGUACAGUUUCUCAUUGGCAAAGGAGCAGAUAAAAAUAGGGAAGAUAAGGAUGGAUGGACACCUCUCUAUACAGCAUCAUUCGAUGGUCACCUCGAUGUUGCACAGUUUCUCACUGGCCAAGGAGGAGAUCUAAAAAGGGCGGAUAAAGACGACAUGACACCUCUCCACAAGGCAUCAUUCAAUGGUCACCUCGAUGUCGUACAGUUUCUUAUUGGCCAAGGAGCAGAUCUAAACAAGGGGAAUAUACAUGGCAGGACCCCUCUCAAUACAGCAUCAUCUAAUGGUCACCUCGAUGUUGUAAAGUUUCUCAUUGGCCAAGGAGCAGAUCUAAAAAGGGCGGAUAAAGAUGCCAGGACACCUCUACAUGCGGCAUCAUCCAAUGGUCAUCGUGACGUUGUACAGUUCCUUAUUGGAAAAGGAGCAGAUCUAAAUAGACUUGGUCGAGAUGGCAGCACACCUCUAGAAGUGGCAUCACUCAAUGGUCACCUGGAUGUUGUACAGUUUCUCAUUGGCCAAGGAGCAGAUUUAAAAAGGGCGAAUAAAGAUGGCAGGACACCUCUCUUCGCGGCAUCACUCAAUGGUCACCUUGGUGUUGUACAGUUUCUAACUGACCAAGGAGCAGAUUUAAAAUGGGCGGAUAAAGAUGGCAGGACACCUCUCUUCGCGGCAUCAUUCAAUGGUCACCUUGAUGUUGUACAGUUUCUCAUUGGCAAAAAAACAGAUCUAAAUAGGACUGGUAAUGAUGGCAGCACACUUCUAGAAGCAGCAUCACUCAAAGGUCACCUCGAUGUUGUACAGUUUCUCAUUGGCAAAAAAGCAGAUCUAAAUAGGACUGGUAUUGGUGGGCGCACUCCUCUCCAAGCGGCAUCAUUCAAUGGUCACCUUGAUGUUGUACAGUUUCUUAUUGGCCAAGGAGCAGUUCUGAAUAAAGUUGGUCGAGAUGGCAGCACACCUCUAGAAGUGGCAUCAAUCAAAGGUCACGUCGAUGUUGUACAGUUUCUCAUUGGCCAAAAAGCAGAUCUAAAAAGGGCUGGUAACGAUGGAAGCACACCUCUAGAAGCGGCAUCACUCAAAGGUCAUCUUGAUGUUGUACAAUUUCUCAUUGGCCAAGGAGCAGAUCUAAAUAGGGCUGGUAUUGGUGGGCGCACACCUCUCCAAGCGGCAUCAUUCAAGGGUCACCUCAAUGUUGUACAAUUUCUUAUUGGCCAAGGAGCAGAUCUAAAUAGGGUUGGUCGGGAUGGCAGCACACCUCUGGAAGUGGCAUCACUCAAAGGUCAUCUCGAUGUUGUUAAGUUUAUCAUUGGCCAAAAAGCAGAUCUAAAUAAGGCUGGUAUUGGUGGUCACACACCUCUCCAAGCGGCAUCAUUCAAUGCUGGCAAGCAUGAGCUGUAUUAA